GCUCUUUGGACUGUAUACAUUUUUUAAAAAAUCAUUAGUAAACUUUUUUUUUGUUUCUGUUACUUAAGUAUUGUGUGUUGUCAAAAUUUCAUAAUGCUUCAUUCAAAUAGUUACAUAAACAAAAAUGCCUUUUUUUUGAUUAGUUAAAUUUGAAAUGGUGGAUGUAGACAAAAUUAUUUCAGCUCUUUGUGAUACAUCACACUUCGGAGAUAAAAUAAAAUAUGUGCACUUACCAGAACAAGAUAUCCUCGAUUUGUGCACAAUGGCGCGCAACACCUUCCUCUCAGAGCCUGUUCUAUUGGAUUUAAAACCCCCACUGAACAUCUGCGGCGAUAUACACGGCCAGUACUCAGAUUUGGUUCGUUUAUUCCAGUUGGGUAAGCAUCCACCUGCGUCCAGCUAUUUGUUCCUGGGUGACUAUGUGGACAGAGGACCACAAUCCAUCGAGGUCAUAUGUCUAUUGUUCGCUUACAAGGUCAGGUACCCUAGUAUCUUCUACUUACUGCGUGGCAACCAUGAAUCGUCAAGUGUCAGCAUGAUCUACGGUUUCUAUGAAGAAUGCAAAAGUCGGUACACAGUGAACAUGUGGCAGACGUUCAUGGACAGCUUCAACUGCAUGCCGGUGGCAGCUGUCGUGGGAGACAAGAUCUUCUGCUGCCAUGGGGGCAUUAGCCCAGACCUCCGCUCCCUCGACGAUGUGCGGGCCAUCGAGAGACCGACAGACGUGCCGGAGAUCGGGCUGCUUUGUGACUUACUGUGGUCCGAUCCGGACCACAAUGUUCUGUAUUGGGGGAAGAAUACUGAACGGGCCAUCUCUGUUACAUAUGGGUCGAGGGCUGUGAAGGAAUUCCUUGCCAAUACCAAUCUGGAGCUUAUCUGCAGAGCACAUCAGAUGGUGAAUGCGGGCUAUGAGUUCUUCAUCGACCGAGAGGUCAUCACCGUGUUCUCGGCACCCAAUUACAUCGGUCAUGGCAACGAUGGAGCCAUCAUGUGCGUGGACCGCAACAUGGUGUGCUCGCUGCUGAUACUCAAGCCAUGGGCCCAGGAGCGCAAGGCGCGGGCUCCUUCCAGAGACAGCCUGACCGUGUUGGAGCCACGUGCUCGGCGACGCAAGAGAAACUGGUAGCACCAAUGGUAUCUGUAGCAAGCUCCUCCGUGUAUUUAUUUUUAUAUUCAAUACAACAUACAUUUUGGUCUCAAGACACACAC